CAUUUCUCAAUUUUUUUUAUUAAUAUUGUUAGGUGAAAGUAACUAAUUGUAAUAUUCUUAUUAAAUUACUUUUUUCGAUUAAUGGUCAGUUACAGCAUGAAUUCACAAAAUCUGUAGUACUAUUUAUAUCUCAAUAAAAUUGUAUCUAAUUGUCUCAAUUACAUUUGUGGAUUCCAGACGUCAUACCUUAUCUCUGUUAACACACAUUUGCUUGAAAAGUGUCACUUCAUCUCUCAAACAUGCUGGACUGUUCUGAGAUUAAUGUAACUAUAAGAAAAGCCAAAAAGGAGGAUAUGAUCCAAGUCUACAAACUAAUCAAGGAACUUGCAGAAUUUGAAAAACUAGAAGACCAAGUAAAAAUUGACGAAAAAACCUUGAUUAAAGACGGGUUUGAGACCGAUAAUCCAGUUUUCACGUGUCUUGUGGCAGAAAUCUCAGAUGGACACUUAGUCGGAUAUGCAUUGUAUUACACGUCUUACUCGACUUGGUUGGGAAAAUCAGUUUUCCUUGAAGAUUUAUACGUCCAACCCGCAUACAGGAAAAUAGGAAUAGGGAAACAGUUAUUUAUGGCAGUGGCCAAAACCGCACAUGAAUUAUCUAGCAAAAGAUUAGAUUUUCACGUUCUCUCCUGGAACCCUGCCAUAGACUUUUAUAAAAGUUUGGGCGCUGAAAAUUUAACAGUUUCCGAGAAAUGGCAGCUUUUUAGACUGAAUGAGCAGGCUUUGAAUAAAAUGUUUUCGUAAAAA